CUGCCAAAAUAAGACGCAGAACAGUUAACAUAUUAAUUAUAUGUACACAGAGUACAUCCACACUUCAAUUGGUUGUAGUUAUAUAUGAUUAACUUUUCUGCAAAAAAUAUUAGAAAUAUGAAAUACACAUUUCCACUAAUUCUCCUAAUUUCUCUUUCCUUUGCUCUGACAAGGGCACAAAAUGAAGGAAGUCACUUUACAAAUUUAUACUUUACCGUUUCUGGCAGGAAUCUUCCAUCCAACGGUAACCCUUACCUCCUUAUCUAUCAUGUCCACGAUGACAGCUCAACGAACCUCGGAAAAACUUUGGGGGUGAAGGAUAACCCAAACCCAGAAUGGAAUAAGGUCUUCAAAGCGAAAUAUUUUCAUGGGGAAAAUGUUCAGAACCAGAGGCUAUUCGUGCAAGUAAAAGGGUUACAGAACACAGCAAAUGUCUUCGUCGAACUUUCAUCCUACAUGGAGAGUGGUCAAAACCUGAGCAUCCCAUUAACAGGGGAGUAUUCCGGGUCAUCUCUUAUCUUACAGGGAACGACGCCAUUCUACUUCAGCCUUCAAGUCAACAACAUUCCUGCCACGGACUUUAACUGGUGGGGGGUCAGAACAGGGCUAAGUGACCCUUACAUAAAUUGCUACUUCUUCUCCGCCUCCGACCCUUGGGAUGCGCAAAGGUCAAAAUUCCAUGAAACAACUGUCGUCCGGAAUGUUCACGACGCAUCCUGGUGGGAUCAGCCGAUCGAGUAUCUCAAUUACGUUAAGGGAAAGGGACAGAAAUUCCUUUUGGAAGUGAUGGAUCACGACCACAUGAGCAAAGAUGACUUCUUAGGGGAAGCAAUAAUUGAUGUAGACGAGUUCGUGAGACAUGAAGCCAUUUUAAUUACUCCAUUGUUAAAUACCCCAAAGAUAGGGCAAGCCGGUCAAAACAUCACAUUAACAGUGAAAUGGGAAGGUUGGGCUCAACUAACGGAACCGUAGAGACGAUUUCCAGUCGUUUAUAAUAUAUUAAAACCAAGAUUGUAAUGCACUAAAUCAAUUGGUAUCAAAUGUAUUUACAUAUUUACAUUUAUGUUUACACAAAGCGUGCAUAACUUAUCUCUUGGCACAAUUUAAAUAUGCAAAAUUAUGUAAGAUUUAAAAUAAAUAAGUAUAAAUGAGCCUUUGGA